AUGCCAUACACGGCGCCGUUGAAGACGUUGCUCUCUGCGCAGCAUAUUGAAUACUCUCGCCCAACCGAAGAAUCCGGUGAGCGGCCCGGUCUGGCGUAUCCUUCGUCGGAACGGGUUCAGAAUCCUCGAUCAUAUUCCUCUACCUCCUAUACCCGUCGCCAUCGGAGGAGUCCUUCGAACACCAAACCAACAGUGCAUACCGCUCCAGAAUCUCCGGCCCGGGCCUCGCCCUCUCUCGAUCCACCUGCCUGUCUACGUCAGUCCCCACCACCGAUAAGCAAUGCUAUAAUUCCCCCCGGGGCGGUAAUCUCACCUCCUGAAUCUGGGACGAACUCCAGUGAUGAAGAAUCACCCCACAGGAGUGGCGAGGGUGUCAAGUUUGACGAGCUGGAGGCUGCCGUUCGAUCAAUCAGAUUGAGGAGGGAGAGUUCGCCGGAAAGAAUGGAUCCAUCAGACCACCUAGGAACAGCGCUUCAGCACUUGUCGAGUGUACCAUCAGCCACGGGGGCGAAGCCCACUCGGCCCAAGCUCCCCCAUUUACCAUUGUCCAAAGAAGCUCGCAAGAUCAGUCAUUCUCGAUCAUCCACAGAAACCGCCAUCGAAUUGGCUCGGGAAUCGGCGCUGACUAGCUCACCUGAAGAAAGUGACGUGGAGAUGUCGUGCAAGCCCCUAAUGGUCCGUAAGAAGUCAGGUGAGCUUGUUCGGCCUGCUCUUCGCCCUUCGUCAUCACGGAGACGACCAUCCAGCAUGCCUGGUACGCCCGUCUAUUCCAAAGCGGUGCACUUCGAUUCCCACUUGGAACAUAUUCGUCACUUCCUUCAGCUUGACAGGCCAUUGGCUGUCAGCACGGAAACAUCACCAGUUGAAACCCAUGACAACAAGGCUGAAUUUCCCUUUGGCUCUGCUGACUCGGGCGAUCUGUCGUGGGAAUGGGAGAUCAAGCUCUCCAAUUGGCCUAAGGAUCCCUCAUCGCGUGUCACUCGUCCUGUGCGCCUGGAGCGGUUGUUCUUAUCUGCUGAUAAGAGCACUUUGAUCGGCACGGUUGCAGUUGCGAACAUCGCUUUCCACAAGAAUGUGACGGCUCGUUUCACACUGGAUUAUUGGAGGACUACCUCCGAGGUUGCAGCGGCAUACUGCCAUGAUGUUCGCCGCCAGCAAGCUGCUGACGGGUUCGAUCGCUUUUCGUUUGACCUCAAGCUGAAUGAUCAGGCCCAUCUGGAGACUAAGACCAUGUUCAUGUGCAUCCGCUACAAUGUGGAAGGGCAAGAAUUUUGGGAUAACAAUGAUUCGGUGAACUACCAGGUUGAUUUCCACAAAGUCCCUAAAAACCCAACGAGCAAGUCGGCAAGUGGCGGAUCUCGCCCUGCUCUGCCGCGCAGCCGGUCCUUCACCAGUUCUCAUGCCACUCGGCCGCAACCCAUGCCGCAUAAUUAUGAUUUCUCCGACAUCAGCGGCAAGACGCCAUUUACGAACCCUUUCAACGGUGCGAAUGGUGCACCCUUGACUCGCACGCCCUCGGAUGAUAUCGAUGCGGUCGCGCCGCCCAAGCGCCGUGAAAACUCCAACCGUCAGGCAUUUGGAAACCGGUACGACUUCGGAGCGUCGCUAUCUGCUGCUAUGCGGUCAAAAGCGCCUCUGGAUCGGACUGCUCUGACUGCCCGUGCGAGAUCUGGGGAGACCGUGGUCCCAGAGACCUCUAAACCGACCAAGAAAACUCCCAGUAUUGAGCAGGGCCAUGGUUCCCCAGUGAGCGAUAAUUUCCGCACCGGAAGUCCUGUGGUCAAUCUAAAACCUUCCUCUUUGGUAUCUAGCAAGCCACAGCUCGAGUCUUCCGUGUACCGGGAGUUGGUCGAUAAGUACUGCUUUUAUGGAUCUCCGCAAGCAUCGAACCAGAAGGCACACCCACCAAUUUCGAGCGGCCGUGACGUUGAGGCCCCAAAGCAUAUCUCUGCACCAGCCUGUCCUUCCUCUGCACCAGCCUGUCCUUCGCCGCCGCUUUCUCCUCGAUCUCCUGCUCCUCUCGCUGCCCCUGUGGCCGAAGCACCGCGUGCUUCUGUUAGCCCACGCGCCUCUCCACUGCCCUCAGCCUCCCCCUUGGAUUUUCGCUAUUCUUUUCACGGCGGGUUUAUGAAUGACCCUCACUCUCCAGCGGUUAUCAGAGGGUGA